UCACCCCACUAUAGAUUCCAUCAACCGCUUUCUAGACCCAAUAAAAUAUGACCCCAAUUUAACCCUCAACAGAUCCAUCGCUAAACAGUGUCAAAUAUUGCCGUAUCUUGCCACGUGGGUAGGUUAAUUAAAGGUCACUUGACUAAAUAUCCCCUUUUAAUGCUUCUCUCAUCUGGUUGAGCCUCCAUUCAUCAUCUAUGGCAACCUCGCUUCUCAUCUCCAGCUCCUCUUCUCUCCUCCUCCCCUCUAACGGCCGUAACAACGUCCGUUCACUCUCCGUUAGGGUUCCGUCAUCCCUCUCGUCCCCUAAUCUAUUCAAAAACCCUAGCAAUUCUUUGCGACUCCUAAAAUUUUACUGUAGAAUUCCUCACGCCGACGGAACUUCGAUCGGGAAGACAGAUACUGAGGAUGGAAUCUCUGGUGAGAGUUUAACUGGUGAGGAUUCGGCCAAGUUUGAAUUGGGGGAGCAAAAGAUCUCGUCUUGGAUUUAUUUUGUGGGGAUUUUGGGAGCGGUUCUGUUCGCUCUUGAUAUUUUAUGGAUUGAACCGUCAACGGGGUACGGGGCUGCGUUUAUCAAUUCGGUUUCGGGGAUUUCUGAGAGUAAAGAGGUUAUAAUGUUGGUUCUUAUUUUUAUAUUCGCUUUGGUACAUAGUGGCAUGGCAAGCCUUCGAGAUACGUGUGAGAAACUCAUGGGCAAGCGGGCUUACCGUGUGUUAUUUGCAGGGCUUUCACUGCCUUUGGCAGUCAGUACGGUUGUUUACUUCAUCAACCACCGGUAUGAUGGUACUCAACUGUGGCAAGUUCAGAGUAUCCCUGGACUCCAUGAGCUUGUUUGGAUCUCAAACUUCAUCUCUUUCUUCUUUCUGUACCCAUCUACUUUCAAUCUGCUGGAGGUUGCAGCAGUUGACAAACCAAAACUGCAUCUUUGGGAAACUGGAAUCAUGAGAAUCACCAGACACCCACAGAUGGUUGGGCAAGUGAUGUGGUGCUUAGCUCACACCCUCUGGAUUGGGAAUUCAGUGGCGGCAGCAGCCUCGGUUGGUUUAAUUGGCCACCACUUAUUUGGUGUGUGGAAUGGUGAUAGGAGGUUGAAGACUCGGUAUGGGGAAGCUUUUGAUGCCUUGAAGAGUCGAACGAGUGUGAUUCCUUUUGCUGCAAUUCUUGACGGACGUCAAAAGCUUCCAAAAGAUUAUUACAAAGAAUUCAUCCGGUUGCCCUAUCUCACGAUUACAGCUUUAACACUUGGUGCAUAUUUUGCUCAUCCCAUUAUGCAGGCUUCCAGUUUUAAUCUUCACUGGUAGAAGGUAGUUAGUUUUGUCCUCUCUUGUAUAGUAAAUUACAUCGUAUUUUUAUUACAAAUUCUAAAUACAAAUUUGCAAGUCAAAAUUGUAACGGAGUUCUGUGCAACAAAAUCUCUCUAUGACGUCGAAUUCAAUGUGAAUGGUUAAUCUUUUUACA